AUGGCCGCGCGCCGCAGCAGCCUCGCGCGCGCCGCGGACAAGACGGAGGACGUCAUCUCCCGGGCCUGCGCCGUUGUGGCGACCUUCGCGUCGCGCAAGCCCUGGCGCACCGUGGGCCUCUGCCUCUUCCUGAGCGCGGUGCUCGCGAGCGGCUUCUCCCAGAUCAAGAACGAGGCGCGGCCCGACAAAUUGUACGUGCCCGCGUACAUGAAAUCCCAGGAGGACCGGGCGUGGAUCGACGACCGCUUCGGCUCCGCCGACGUCGUUUCCUCCGUGCUCCUGGACCACCGCGGCGACGCGAAUCUCCUCACGAAAGCCGCGCUCCGCGACGCCUUCGACGUCUACGAGGACGUGCUGGCCAUCUCGGCCGAGGGCGGCGCGACGGGCUACGACGCCCGUAGCUGCGCGGUCGGCGGUUGGAACGGCCUCUGCCAGAAGUCGUCGAUCCUCGCGUUCUGGAACUACAGCCGGGCCGCGCUCGAGGACGAUCCGGACGUGCUGGCCACGGUGAACCGCCCCGCGCCGGACUGCUGCUCGCCCGUGGGCCGGGCCGCGUCGCUCUUCCGAGUCGCGGCGAAGUUGCGCUACGACGCAUCCGGCGCGGUGGCCUACGCGGGGUCGCUCAAGUUCGACUUCUACCUGGACAACGACGCCCACGAGAAGACGAACGUCGACCCCCACGCCCAGCGCCUCGAGCGCAA